AUGACCCUAGACGAUGUGUCCCCGCUCCAGCUGAAGCUGAGGGAUUGGAUGUCCAAAGCCUAUGAGGUCAGGCACGGCACGGAUGAACAGCUUCCUUGGCCACUGUCUGACGGUGGAAGCUUGCUGGAGAUCUGCAAGCGCUGUUGGGGGGACAGCAAGGUGUUGCUGGCAGAUAGUCUAGCUUUUGUUAAGAAGGUUGGUUUGCUACCAGUCUCCGCGACAGUCAAUGACUUCGAGCAAGCGUUCAUGAAGACGAAGGACGGAUGUGGUGAGUUCCUGGCUGUCCGACUACCGGAUAUGGACCUGGACCAUGUCAGUUCGGAAUUUGCCUUGUACUUGUUUGAUGACGGCGGUAUGAAAGCCAUUGGCGCUGCUCUCGCAUGGGUUGGAUGUGUCUAUGCAUUGGGAGCGGAAUCAGAAGAGAGCUUGAGGCAUCCGCGCCUGGUGAGUCUUGUUCGGGAUUUACUUCACAUACCGACCCUCUGCAAAAUGCAGGAUGAUGAUCCCUUGACAUCGUCCAUUCGCCGGAUAGCCUCUCAGAACAUUGAUGCAAAGAAAUUGCCAGUCUCUUCCUUUGAGUGGAGCGAGGUGCUCUUGCGGGUCAGUGAAGCCAGUUGUGCAGCCGAAGCAAUCCGGCGCUACAAUAGUAUGCCGGAAGUCGACACUGGCGAGAAGAGUGCCAGUGGCACGGUCAUGAUCGACGCAAAGAAGACCUACGCUAUCAAACAUUGGAUGGAGAAGUGUUGCAAUGAAGCCCGAACAGUAGUCUAUGAAUCCUUGCAGGACAGCCCUUUCCCAUACGGCCCUUGGGGAGAGCAGCUCUCUCUCAUGCCACAACUCUUCUUGCAGUCAACAGCUGAGCAGUCAUGUACUGGUGAUUCAGCUUUGGCUCCUUUGGCCCACGAGGAGUCUGUGUCUGUGAACUGGGCCCUUCCACUCACAGAAUGGGCCCAGACCAUGCUUUUCCGGAGAAUCAAGGUGGCAUUUGAUCGGGCCACCGCGAUCAUCUUUGAUGUGCGAGACAAGAAAAAAUACCGGAUGAAGUCCGAGGAGUUGGUGUCAUUGCGAAACCUGUGUUCCUUUUGGUCUCAGGUAAGGUCAUUCUGCAUGACACGCAUUGCAGACUUUGAAACCUUUGAGAAGAAGCUCUUGAAUGGCAGCGCGAUGGAUGACCAGUUUGGGGAGGUUAUGACUGCUUGCCCUCGGCAGUUUGCAACUUCGAUGAUGCCUAUGUUUCAAGUGCAGGCAGCCUGCGAUUUGAAGCGGCAGGAGGAGACCUCAACGAUGGAGGCUGAGCAGCAACGCGCUGAACUCCGAGCUGCACGCUGGAAGUAUUUUCAAAGCGCGCUGGCCCGAGAUCAGAAGCAGCUCUCCCUUGUUUCUGCAGCACCAGACAAGAUCGAGAAGCUCCGCCACAGAAAGGAGAUGAACUUCCGUGUGGAACAGGCCAAGGUUGGGGAGAAGGUUGUGCUGUCCUUCUGCGAGAAAUACUUGCGGUGCCGCUUGGUGAAGCAAAUGGAGCACUUCCAUGAAGCUCUGCAUGAAUUCCGAAGCUAUGUUGCAAAUGACUGCGGAGUUCCAGUGACAGAAGUGCACAUUGUUGGGUUUACGGAUCUGAACGUCCCCUUGGCUAACAGCAAGGAGCGGGUCCAGGAGCUCAUGGCAGCCAUCGCCGCCAUGAACGAUAUCGCACCCAACAAGCACUGUGCGGUGGUCGAACUCGCUGAUUGUCCGAAAAAAAGCAGCAAGAGAGGAUUGUUUGAUGAAGAAAAGGACCUUCUUGAAGAACUUUGGCAGCUGAAGCAGCAGGGGGACUUCAGGUGGAUUUUACCGUGGGAGGUUCAACCGGCUGCAGAGGGCCAUAGCUCGAGAAGGCGAUGGAGUUCCGGGCGAGUGGUGGUGAACAAGGAUGCUGAAGAGACCAACAUUUUCACCACUUCGGCCGAGCUAGUUCUGGCCGGACGGCCACUUACAGAGCAAAAGAUCUUCAUCCCGCUGAGCAAAGACCUUGUCUUGCCAGAAUCUCUUGAGGCCCAUGAGGACCUGAGGACUGCAGAACGUCAACGACCCAGCCCGGAGGCAAUUCAUGCGCAGAAAGGCUCCGAGCGCUACAUGGCACUCAUUCGCUUCAUUUUGUCCAUUCCAGGUGCAGGCUUUGGCAAAUCACCUGUCAUCAUCGUCAACUUGACUGGAUACGUAGAGGAGAUGGGUCUAGCAGUGUUGCAGCACCGGCUGAACAAAUCCACCUUUGGGGCCUUCAGCUGUGAGAACCUUCGCUACCUCAGCGUGUCUUGGAUUGGCAAGGACACCUUUGGGCACAGUCGCCUUCAGCGAGAAGUCUUGACUGCUUGGUUGCAGAAGAAGCUGGACUACGGUUCAGAGUACGCAGAUGUGGCACCACAGUUGACUUCAGAGGAGAUCAAAACAAUUCCAGGAGGGGAGGCCUUCUUUCAGGGUAUGGACACACUGAAGUGGGAAGUUCUUCAGCGGGAGAACUCACGGAUGGUGAUUAAACCAGACGAACAUCGCUACUGGGCGGCUCAGACGGGAGAGAUUUCAGAGACCUACAAGAAUUUGAAGGCUGAGCAUGAGCGGCUCUUGGACACCAUGCCAGGCGUGGGUGCACCUUUCAGCGAUGGAUGCCAAGCAGGUGAGGUUGAGCAGGAGCCAUCCACGGAAGCCACUUCCCUCACCACAAAGGAUUCCCUGGAUGCUUUGAAAGAGGCUGAAGGGAUCGAAUUCCAGACGGCAUCCGAGGUGUCUGGAAUCCAACUGCUGCUCACGAAGAGCAAGCAAGUCUGGAUCAUGGCCACGGACAAGGAUCGCCAGCUGAACAAGCACACGCAGCUAGGUGGCUUUGGAGCAGGCAGCUACUGCAAGAGUGUGGAUUGCGGAGAAGGUCUCUCUUGGAAACUUGACCUCGGAGAUCGGACAACUGUUCAGGUCGACGAGACAAGCAUCCGCGAGAACACCCCUACAGGAGCAGUUGCCACCAUGACCCUUUACUCCCUCCUGAUCCAGCUUGAGCGCACCAAGGGGGUAACGUCCCACAAACUAAGCUACUUCAAGGUGACCCGGAAGGACGAUGUAGAAGCAGGCAGUGACGCAUUUCUUGUCGAGCAAACCGAGCAAAUGAAAUUCAAGAUCCAGCCGCCCAAGGAUGACGCAAAAUUGAAUUGCAAGCACUUCUUCGGCAAGUGCGUGGCAGCUGUUGAACAUGAAGCUGGCAGUCACCUGAUCGCCAAAAUGUUCCGCCUGAGAUUUGAACCUGUAGGUCUAUCGCUGAAACUGCAAAAGCCAUACGUGGUGAGCUCUGUAUCCAUUUCACUUUCCAAGGGAAAACCUGUAAAGGUUGCAGAUUCACCCUGA